AUGUUGGAUCUUUCAAAUAAGUCCGUGGAUGACAUCCCCGCUGUUUUGGCCACACUCGAUCGAUUCAAUCCCGAUAUAUUGCCUGUGUUGCACAAGUAUAUCCAAACCAAGGAGUACAACUUAGAAGCUAAUAUUGCAGCACUAAAGAUAUAUCAAUUCAACCCAGAGACAUAUGACAGAAAUAUGACGCUCACAAUUCUACUCAAGUCCAUCAUGAAUCUGCCAGGAUCUGAUUUCCACCUCUGCCAAUGUUUGAUGAGUGAAGCGCAACUUCAGGUACGAGACAACCCAUCGUGUAUGUACGUAUUGAAUUAA